AUGGCUGAGCUGAGCCGCCCGGGAGUAGACAUGGUUUCAUCUGAGAAGAUCGAUUUCCGGGGCUUGGGUCUGGACCAAGAAGUCCAACAACGCUUCAAGGAACUCACGGAGCUUGAUUCAUACCAACUUGACGGUUAUAUUACUGGUGUUGCCACAGUUGAACCACCGCUUUACCGCAUGACUUCUACAGGGAUUUCUCCGUCACUGCAGUUUGUGGAACUGGAUUCCGAUCACAACCAUGGUGAAUACCGGGUAACCUCACGCGGUACUCUUCAGGUCCAUAAGAAUCUUGAGCGUAAGCGGUCUGCAGAGGAGAUCAAGUCAUUGGCCAACAAGCCCGUUCCCGUUUCUGUUGCUGGUGAUAUUAGACGGGCAAUCCUGGUCCACUACAACGCACUCUGUGACCGAGUGGACGAAAUUAAUGCACUGCGUUCGGCAAGAUACAAAGCCGUCCAUGAAGCCAGUACGAAGAAUGUCCUACUGGUCAGAGAACUACCUUCAGAGUUGAAAUUGACUAAGGAGGAUAAGAAGCAAUUUCUUUCCGUCCAUUCUCAUGUUCUGGAUCCGUCGGAUUCACAAAAGACUCGAUCACUCCGAUAA